GGUAACCAUGGUUAAAUAAAUCCACACUCAACUCAACCAGUUGGGUUUACUUCCUUUCUUUCACUUCACCACCACCUCCUCCCUCUCUUCUUUCCCCUUCUUCUUCUGCUCCUCUUCUUCUUACCUCAUUCACUCCUUUUGUUUUUAACACAGAACAUGUGAGUGAGUCACACCAAUGGUUUGAGUCUUUCUCUCAUUCUAAGCUCUAAGCUCAGUCACCUCUUGUGUGGCUUGGUCUAAAGUGUAAAUUAAGAUUUCUGCCAAACUUGGAUUUUCUCAGAUCUAUCCUACUUCUCUUUUUAUCCUUUUAUCCUGUUUCGAAAUCGUCAUCAUCACCUUUUGAUUUGCAAGAUCAUAAUUUUUCUGUUUUGGGUUUCCUCUCUUCCACCUCAUUGCUCAUUUUUUUUUUCUCUGGUUGGUUUUUCCUUGUCAAAAAUUGAGUUUUUUUGGCUACCCUCCAAGCAGAUCCCAGUUGGGGAGUAUAAAAUUUUCAGUUUUUAUCAGUACCCUCUUUUUAGACUCCCCUGAUGUUCUAGAUUUCAAGAUUUGUUUUCUCACUCUCUUGUUUCGGCCUAGAUCUGUUCCCACUUUUUCUGGCUUUAGAUCUUGGUUUUCUCCAUGAUGUGGUAGAACUUCAAAUUUAGGAGCCUUACCUUUCCGGGGUGUUUUUGUUUUUCCUAUCCUUGUAUGGAGUAUGAAAGCUUUCCUGGAAAGUUUGGGAGUUUGGAUCACUGAGUAAGAGAAAGAGAAACGUCAAGAAAAAAAAUGAUGAAUUAUUUCCCCGACGAGGUAAUAGAGCACAUAUUUGAUUAUGUGGUUUCACACCGUGACCGGAACGCUUUGUCUUUGGUGUGUAAAAGUUGGUACAGGAUAGAGAGGUGUACGAGGCAGAGGGUGUUCAUAGGGAACUGUUACUCUAUCUCUCCAGAGAGGUUGAUCCAAAGGUUUCCUGGUCUCAAGUCUUUGACUUUGAAGGGAAAGCCUCAUUUUGCUGACUUCAGUUUGGUUCCUUACGGGUGGGGUGGUUUUGUGUGUCCAUGGAUUGAGGCUCUGGCCAAGAGCAGAGUUGGGUUGGAGGAGCUUAGGCUCAAGAGGAUGGUGGUCUCGGAUGAGAGCCUGGAGCUACUUUCUCGUUCUUUCACAAACUUUAAGUCUUUGGUUCUUGUUAGCUGUGAAGGGUUCUCCACCGAUGGCCUUGCUGCCGUAGCUGCUAAUUGCAGGUAUCUUAGGGAGCUGGAUCUGCAAGAAAAUGAAGUUGAAGAUCACAAAGGGCAGUGGCUAAGUUGCUUUCCUGAUAGCUGCACAUCGCUUGUCUCUCUGAAUUUCGCUUGCCUUAAAGGAGAGGUUAGUUUGGGAGCUCUAGAGAGACUUGUGGCCAGGUCUCCUAACCUCAAGAGUUUGAAGCUGAAUCGUUCAGUUCCCCUUGAUGCCCUGCAAAGGAUAAUGACACGAGCACCUCAACUAGCGGAUUUGGGAAUUGGAUCGUUUGUCCAAGAUCCUGAAUCAGAGGCAUUCAUAAAGCUCAAGAACACCAUUCUCAAGUGCAAGUCCAUAACCAGUUUGUCAGGACUUUUGGAAGUUGCUCCUCACUGUCUUGCUGCGAUAUUUCCCAUUUGCCCCAAUUUAACAUCCUUAAACUUGAGCUAUGCAGCAGGCAUUCAGGGCAGUGAUCUGAUAAAACUAAUUCGCCACUGUGUGAAACUACAGCGCUUAUGGAUAAUGGAUUGCAUUGGAGACAAAGGACUUGGUGUUGUAGCCAAGACAUGUACAGAUUUGCAAGAACUGAGGGUGUUUCCAUCCGUUCCCUUUGGAAAUGCAUUGGCUGUCACAGAAGUGGGACUUGUUGCAAUAUCAGUGGGGUGCCCCAAGCUUCAUUCAUUGCUCUACUUCUGCCACCAGAUGACAAAUGCUGCACUGAUUACAGUGGCCAAGAACUGCCCCAAUUUCAUCCGCUUCAGGUUAUGCAUCCUUGAUGCAACAAAACCUGACCCUGAUACAAUGCAGCCGCUGGACGAAGGUUUUGGUGCAAUUGUGCAGUCUUGCCGGCGACUGAGGCGGCUAUCACUCUCAGGGAAGUUGACAGACCAGGUUUUCCUUUACAUUGGAAUGUAUGCUGAGAAGCUUGAAAUGCUGUCUAUUGCAUUUGCUGGAGACAGUGACAAGGGAAUGCUGUAUGUGUUGAAUGGAUGCAAGAAAAUGAGGAAGCUUGAGAUAAGAGAUUGCCCUUUUGGUGACUUGGCACUUCUGACAGACGUAGGGAAGUAUGAAACAAUGCGAUCCCUUUGGAUGUCGUCCUGCGAAGUGACUGUGGGAGCCUGCAAGUUGCUGGCCAAGAAGAUGCCAAGGUUGAAUGUGGAGAUCUUCAAUGAAAGUGAGCAAGAAGAUUGCAUCUUGGAAGAUGGGCAAAGGGUAGAGAAAAUGUAUUUGUAUCGUACAUUGGCUGGGAAAAGGAAAGAUGCACCAGAAUAUGUAUGGACUCUCUAGGUGCAUUUUAGCUCAUUUAAUUUCUUGUUAUUCAGAUGUUUGUACUUGUUUCUAGGCUGACUCAUUAAUGCAAUUUUAGCCGGGUGUAGUGUUUUCUCA